CAGGCCAGGCCGCAUAAACUAACUAUUGGAGACUAUCUUUUAUUUCAGUUCUAUCUAAACAAAGUUUUUUCUUUUCAUUUUCAUGUGCGGCUGCCAUUUCCACGCUGAUUUGUUGAUUUUUUAGGUAAGCAUAUAGAAACAAGAAAUAUAUAUUUUUUAUUGGCUACUAUGAUGAACGAAUGAGCAGAAGAGUUCUUGAAGACUAUAUUCAUCACCCAAGACUGACACAGCCAGCCAACUGGAAAAUCUCUUAAAUCUCUUGCAAAAAUACUAAUCCUUUCCAUUGCUUCUCUUGCAGACGUGAGAUGGCAACCUCUUCGCACCUCAAUUGGUUGAUCAUUCGCAACAACAACGCCUUCUUGUUGAAGAAGCGCGAUGUGAAGAAACCCUUCAGCACAGAGCCAAACAACUUGGCCAGCGUGAGCUCGUACCGCUACAGCGGCAUCGUGCACAAGAAGACCCUGGGCGUCGUCCCCACUGCCGACAAGAAGGGCUUCACCGCUGUGCUGAAGAAGGGCAAGUAUGCCCAGCGUCCUGCCAAGAACACCGUUCGCGUUGAGUUCAAGGCCGGUCCCCGUCGCUCCCUGAAGAAGCUGAAGAACCUGCUGAUUGGCUCCAAAUACCGCAAGGACCUGACACAGGCUGCUCUUCGCCGCGCGUCCGCUGUUCUGCGCUCCCAGAAGCCCGCCCCCAUCAAGGGAAAGAAGGCCGAGCUGGCUAAGGGUAAGAAGCCCGAAUAAAAUGUACCAACUGGGAUUAAGCGGAGCUGUUUUCUACUCGAGAAUAAAGAAAAAAUGUUAAAAACACACUAA